AAGAGGAGCCAGUGACAAAGGGGAGGAAGGAGAGGCAGGAAGGAUAGGGACCUAGAAGGCAAGAACACAGGGAGGCCCCAGAGUGACUGGGUGGGCCGUGGGUUCGUGUGCUGCAGACAGACUGAGGCCUGAAAUUAGAUUCCGGCUAGGAGGAAACCAUCGCUGUCCACAGCGAGGGCAGAUUCAGCCAAAAGGCAGUGGCAGAAGUCCAGCUACACUGAAUUCAGGAGUGGCUGGAGUUGAGAAGGUAAACACAGCAAAGGCGUUACUCUCUCCAGGAAGUUGUAGAUGUCUGAGACAUCUUAGAACUUCAGAAACGGCAAAGUCUGCUUUUAGGGGAUAAUGCUGAGGGACACUAUGAAAUCUUGGAAUGAUACCCAGACAGAUCUCUGUAGCAGUGACCAAGAAGAGGAAGAAGAGAUGAUUUUUGGUGAAAAUGAAGAUGAUUUGGAAGAGAUGAUGGACUUAAGUGAUCUGCCCACCUCACUUUUUGCCUGCAGUGUCCACGAAGCAGUGUUUGAGGUGCAAGAGCAGAAGGAGAGAUUUGAAGCACUUUUCACCAUCUAUGACGACCAGGUUACAUUUCAGCUGUUUAAAAGCUUCAGAAGAGUCAGGAUAAAUUUCAGCAAGCCGGAAGCAGCAGCGAGAGCGCGGAUAGAGCUCCAUGAAACAGACUUCAAUGGGAAGAAGCUGAAGCUGUAUUUUGCACAGGUACAGGUAUCCAGUGAAACACGGGACAAAUCGUAUCUGCUGCCACCCCAGCCAGUCAAACAGUUCCUCAUCUCCCCCCCAGCGUCUCCUCCCGUGGGCUGGAAGCAGGGUGAAGAUGCCAUGCCUCUGUUAAAUUAUGAUCUACUCUGUGCCGUUUCCAAAUUGGGACCAGGAGAGAAAUAUGAACUUCAUGCAGGAACUGAGUCGACACCCAGCGUGGUGGUUCACGUCUGUGAAAGUGAAACUGAAGAAGUAGAAGAAACAAAAAACCCCAAACAGAAAAUUACCCAGACAAGGCGCCCUGAACCUCCAACCACAGCACUGAGUGAGCCCCCGACUUUUGACUGUGCGCUGUGAGGCCUUUGUGAUGGUUUGAGGCUGCUGCCAUCGUGGGUGCCAGUCACAGAGAUGGCGCCCCUCCUGCGGGCGCAUUGCUGCUAGUGGUGUGGGUGAGCUAAGCAGGGAUGAGACGCAGUGUGCUCACCAAGCCUGCGCUGUGGCCAUGGCCAUCUAGAGUAGAGGCUGAUAGUCUGAACGCACUUGAAAGGGUUAGCCCCCAACACGCAGCAUCUCUUGACCAUUUUUAAACAGCAGCAAAUUAGGAACACAGCCCCCUCCAGGAAUGUCCCUUUCCCUGAUUCCGUGUAGCAUGGGGUACCCAAAAUUAAAGCUAUAGUCAUCGAAUGCAGUACCAUUUUUAUGAAUUUAAAAGUAGUCUUACAAUUUUAAUAAUCUAGUGUGGGUAUUUUUGUACUGGUAUAAUAGCUUCUAACUAAAUAUCCUAAUCAAAGGUUACUUGUUAUUCAGUAUACCUGAAAUUUUUUGCACGAAAAGAAAUCUGAAAUACAGAAUAAUUCAUAGAAAAUUAUUUCUCUCCAGUAUUUUUUUUUUCUCUAACCUUGGGGAAGAAAUGCCAAAUUCACUUUGACUAUCAGAAUCACAUGGCACAAAUCUAUGUGCACAUUGUUCUCUUGGAAUUAAAGGAAAGUGAUACACACACCACUAUCCUCAUGCGUCGUCCCUCCCAGAGAAAGAGCUGCUGCUUUGGAUGGGGGAUAUAUCGCCAGUGAGCUUGACUGAUUGUGAUUCAGGUGGCAACUGCGGUCUGCCACUUGUGACCAUGUCCUAGCCUGUAGCAUCCCAAACUGUCUUCAGCCACCUGUUAAGUUUUUCUGUGCUAUAUAUAUUUGUGUGCAUCAUUCGUAGAAUUUAAAUUAGAGAAGGUAAUGGUAAGCUUUUCUGUAGACCAUUUUAAAAGUGUUCAUUUAAAUAUUUUUCAGCUUGAAAGAAAAGUCACACAUACUCCAUUUCUAUGAAUUAGGGAAAGAUGGGGGAGAUCAUUUUGGUAGUUAGACUUUUCUUUUUUGGUGAAAUUUUUACCCUGGCUUACAGCAGGCAUUUUUCCCUAAAACAUAAUUGUUUCUCAUUUAUGUUUCAGAGAAGGUAGUUGAAGCUCCUAAAGUAGAAGCAAGGAUUUUUAAAAAUUAUCUGGGGUCUAUUCAGACUUUGAAGUUUUUUUUUUUAUAGAAAAGUCUCAUAACUAAAUGAUUUGCUUUUGGUUGGGCGACUCUGAUGGUUCUCUGCUAAACUGCUGUAUGGCAAACGUCUGGAGCACCUGGUAUGUAUGUGAGCGGUUACGCAUGUGAGUUUAGACUAAUACAAUGUGGCUACUACUACAGAGAGAGAAAAAUGCAGAAAUGCAGGCCAUGAUGUCUAUACAUUUUUGGUAACAUGUUAUAGUGGUUUAGAUGUUCUUAUCAUAGUAGAAUUUAUUUCUGAGGACUUAAACUAUAUUACAAAAAACAAAACAACAACAACAACAACAAAAACCGUUUUGUCUGUUUUCCUUGCCCUGAAAUACUCUGAGUGAUAAACUCUUCUAUUUAUAUAUAUCUACCACUGCUAAGCUUCCAUGUAAAUUCAGGUCAGAUCUGUGAUUUCAUAAGUAAUUUAUUAAAUUAAAAUCAUUUGGGCCCUGGCCGG